AUGAGCCACGUGCAGAAGUAUAUCUACGCUGAAGAGGCUCAGGCGCAACUUAGAGACGAAGAUGAGAAACCCGACAAGAAAAUGAGAGAUACCGAUGAGCAAAAGUCCGAGAGGUUGGACAAAGACCACAAGAGACAGGAUCCCCGACCAGACCAUAGACCUUGGACCCCUCCACCGACCUAUUGGAAUUUCACACUGCUCAAUAUUUCACGGUUUGAAAUUCUGAUGCAAAUCUGUAACCGUAAUUAUGUCAGGUGGCCCGAGAAGAUGAAGACGCAGAGUAACAAGAGGAAUCGAGACAAAUACUACGAGUUCCACAAGGGCCAUGGCCAUGACACGAAGAAAUGUUUCUACCUGCGCAACAACAUUGAAGAUCUUAUUAGGCGUGGUUACAUCAGCGACUUCAUUGACAGAAGUGAGAAGCUAGCCCAAGAAGAGAGGAGAAUGGGUGAAGAUCAACAACCUCUGCCCCAAGGCCCCCUAGCCAGCGUUAUCCACCUCAUAUCAGGAGGAACCGUCAUCGAAGGGGAAAGCAGUUCAGGUCGAAAGAAAUAUGCUCGGCUGUGCGAGAUCGACGAUCGGGGCCACAAGAAGAAGUGCAGCCCAUCUAUCACCUUCACCGACGACAACCUCCAAGGGGUCCAGACACCGCACGACAAUGCCUUGGUCAUCACGGCCGAGGUGGCUAACUUUGAGGUGCGGUGGAUCCUAGUUGACACAGGGAGCUCUGCCGACGUACUGUUCGAAGAUGCAUUUGAAAAGUUUGGCAUGGACAGAGAGUGGCUUACGCCGGUCAACACUCCCAUGAUGGUAUUCUCGGGAGAGCCCCUCCUGCCCACUAGGAGAAUAACUCUUCCCCUCUUGAUCGGGGACGGCGAUGUAACUGCAACGACCGUGGUAGACUUUAUCGUGAUACGUUGCCACUCUUCAUACAAUGCUAUCCUCGGCAGGUCAACCCUCAACACCUUGGAGUCCACAGUCUUGGCAAACCACCUCACCAUGAAAUUUCUGACCAAGUACAACAUAUGGGGUGGCACGCGGAGACCAAAGAACAAUGCGGCAGUGCUAUCAGCUCUCCUGCUGAGGACCACGUCUGACUGCCGAGACACUGAUGGCGAAGGCCUAUGA